GAACCUCACCAAAAGGGAUCAGCCAAGGGGGAUUUGUGCAGCCUGAUCCCAUCGCUGUGUCCAAGAGGGGCUGUCGGAGCCACAGCAGCCAGUCCUGAGCCACCCACCCUCAGUGACUGCCCUGGCCCGGAGGGGAGAGCGGAAUAAACGCCGUUUUCACCGGGAGAGCCCCGCGGGAGACCAGGACAGAGGGGGACUGGCAGUAGCCCAUCUGUUGCUCUGACUCUGGCCCCCGGAGGAAUCCAGUCAUGGGGGAAACGGGCAAAGAAGAGUACAAAAUACAGUCGUUUGACUCUGAGACUCAGAAGCUGCUGAAAACAGCCCUCAAAGACCCCAGCAAUGUGGACCUGGAGAAAGUGGCCAAUAUUAUAGUGGACCAGUCCCUGAAAGACUGUGUGUUCAGCAAGGAGGCAGGGCGGAUCUGCUACACCAUCAUCCAGGCAGAGAGCAAACAAGUUGGCCAGAGCAUCUUCCGGAGGAGCCUGUUGAACCGGCUGCAGCAGGAGUACAAGGACAGGGAGGAGCUGCGCACGCGCUCGCUCCAGGCCUGGAUCUGCUACGUCACCUUCAUCUGCAACAUCUUCGACUACCUGAGGGUGAACAAUAUGCCCAUGAUGGCUCUGGUGAACCCCGUUUAUGACUGUCUGUUCCGGCUGGCACAGCCCGACAGCCUGCAGAAGGAGGAAGAGGUGGACUGCUUGGUCCUGCAGCUCCACCGCAUCGGCGAGCAGCUGGAGAAGAUGAAUUCCCAGCGGAUGGAUGAGCUCUUCUCCCUCCUCCGAGACGGCUUCCUACUGCAGGAGGGGCUCAGCUCCCUGUCCCAGCUCCUGCUGCUGGAGAUCAUCGAGUUCCGUGCUGCUGACUGGAAGAUGACAGAUGCUGCCCAGAAAUACUAUUACAGCGAAGUGACGGAUUAACCACCCGCAGCAGAGGAGGGGAGUCCCCAGCACUUUCACCAGCAAGCUUCGUACCAAGUUGGAAUUUCUUCUCACCUUAAUUUUCUAGCACUUCCUGUAAAUAGGAUUUAUACUGGCUAGAGCCCCUGGGCAUCUACAGUCAGGCUGCAGCUGGUGCUGGCCUGACUUCGGAGGUUUGGAGCAGUGGGAAGGGCACGUUUAUCCCAGGAAGUUCUCCCACUGAUACUGUCUUAACAUUGGGCUGCUGCCAGCAAAGGGCUCCUAAGGCUUCUAGCUCACACCAGCAUUUUCUAUGAGUGGUAAGGAAAGCACAGUUUAGGCUGAGAACAUUUUGCUUCACCCCAAAGCCAGCAGAGCCGUGGGAGGCAGCAGGGAAAUCUCACAGCUCAGGUUGUACCUGGAUAUCUGGGACAGGUCACAGAACACACUGUGGCCUCACAAAUAGCUCAACCAAGUGCUUUUUUUCCCCAGGUUCCUUCCAGCACGCUGGCUGCACCUGCAUGCACACGGCCUCUCCCCCAGCCAGGAAUACCUGCCAGGAGAGGUCCCUGAGCACAUGUAGGAACAGGUUUUAUAAGUUUUAUACAAUAACUGUCAUGUUUUUUUUCACAAUUUAGCGAGUUUCAGCCAUGGGAUGUUUGUUAUAAGAAUGGGAGAGGAAGAAAGGAAACAAAAUAGUCUAUUGAAGGAUUUUUUUCUAAUAAAAGUUUUCCACUAA